CUUGUUUGCCGGCUUGGAGGUUGUUUCGCACCGGAAAAAAAGAAGAAGAAACAGCCCACCAAACAGCUCCUUGUGCUUCCGAAGCUUCCCAAUCGUGUGACCUCCUGUGAAAGGUCAUCAUGUCGAGUCGGCAGCUUGCCGUCAAACUGUCGGUUAGUCCGUCCAGAGGCCUGGUGGACGAGAAGUUGGCCAUCCUGGUGAAGAGUGCGCCCCCUGGGGCCCGGCUCACCCUCCGCGCCUUCCACCGCUGCGAGAAUGGACACGGAUGGGAGGCCUUCGCUCACUACCUGACGGACGCUGCAGGCUCCCUCAACGUAUCCGAGGAUCCCAGUCUGGGCGGGACGUACUCCGGGGUGGAGCAGAUGGGUCUUCUGUGGAGCAUCAGACCAGUUCCAGGCAGCAAACCUGGACUCAGGAUGAGGAAGAUGAAUGUGCAGACCCCCAUGGAGUUCACCAUCUCGGUCUAUCAGGACCACAUUACCGACUUCACGGAUCAGGUUCCGCAGGCGUCCCAGCUGGUAGAGCGCUGGUACAUGGCGCCUGGCAUACUCAGGAUCGCCAUCACGGACUGCGGACUGACGGCGACCCUCUUCCUGCCCUCAGGUCCCGGACCGUUCCCUGCUAUCCUGGACCUGUGGGGUGGUGGAGGCCAGCUGAUGGAGUACCGGGCAGCGCUGUUCGCCUCGCAUGGUUUUGCCGCGCUGGCUCUGGACUACAUGACGCCCAAGAUCACCGUGGAGACCGGCAAGAUGGUGGACAACACCUACUUUGAGAAGGCCUUCACGUUCCUGCAGCAGCACCCUGGGGUGCUGGCCGAGCGCGUGGCCCUGUUGGGGCUCUCCUUCGGAGUCAGUGUCACGCUCAAGAUGGCCGCCUACUCACACGUCGUCAAGCCCAGGUGUGCGGUGUGCAUCAGUGGAAGUCACGUCCAACCCGUGGAUGGAACUGUGGCGGACAUUUUAUCUUACUUUGAUCGGAACGCGCACAAGACUCAACUGAACGACGAGAACCAGGCCAUCUUGAGAAACUUGCUGCUGCCAAUCCCGACUGAUCCUGCCUUCAAAGUUGACGUGGGAUGUGUGCAGUGCCCUCUGUUGGUAGUUGUGGGCGAGGAUGACCAGAACUGGCCUGCCUCGGAGUCAGCUGAAGACAUGAAGGACAUGAUGGAGCGUGCAGGAAACGUCUACCUGCUGACAGUCCUGUCUUACCCUAAUGCCGGACACUUACUGGAGCCUCCGUACUCACCACACACCAGAGUCAGCUCAUUCAGAUCUGUAGGAAGUCGGCAGAAGCUUACAGCUCUGUGGGGAGGCGAGACUGCGGCACAUUCGCUUGCUCAGGAAGACGCUUGGAAGAAGACCUUGGACUUCCUGCGUCACCAUUUGUACACCUGAAGACACAACACCGGUGCCCCCCAGAGAAAUAACAAGUCAGAGUGUACCCGGGGCGUAGAACCGAUCGCAGGUGGACUGCUCUGGUUUACCCACUGACCAAUACGUGUUAUGGGGGCGAGAGAUGCAGUGUCUAACUCUGACCAGCAGAGGUCAGCGUUCGCUGCUUGGGGUGGAUGGCCAUAGGGGAGACUGGGAAUUGUAAAGCAAAGAAGAGCACACCGAACGUUAUGAACAAAAUAUUCUCUUUUUAUGUUUUAUAAGGAAA